CAGCCUCCGCCGCCGCAUUCGCCAUGGAUGCCGCCGGCGCCGCUGGUGGAGAACCAUUCGUAAACUACGCCGCCGAAAUCUUGGUGAUUUUGAACUCUCUAGGAUUGGAGGGUCCGUCAGCGCAGGACCGCAUCGAUAUCAUCGUCCCCGAUCUCAUCUCCCUCCUCCCCCCACCCUUCGUCCCCGCGACAGAUGACGACGGCUCCUCCGACUCCGACGACGACCACUUCUCCCUCACCUCCUCCGAAUCCGACGACAGCGGCGGCGCCGCCGGUGCCGACUGGCCCGCGGCGCAGGAUGACGGCCAGGACCACAUCGGCCGCCUCGCGGACGACCUGCUCUCCAACAUCGUCUCCCGCCUCCCCACCAAUGAAGCCGCGCGCACCAUGGUCCUGUCGACGCGCUGGCGCUUCGUGUGGGCGGCGACCCCGCUCCUCGUCGACGACGCUCACCUCAGGGCCGCCAACGAGUCCCACGAGAUGUCCGCCUUCCGCGCCGUGCGCGCCGUCUCGCGCUGCGUGGCCGCUCAUCCGGGGCCCCUCCGCGCCGUGCGCAUCACCCACCUCUCCUUCCACCAGCAGGAGUACGCGCUCCAGCGCCUGGUCGCCGCCCUCGCCGCCAAGAACGUGCAGGACCUCAUCCUCUUCAACCGCCCCUGGUCGCUCGACAUGCCGCUCCCCGACGACAUCCUCAGCUGUGCCUACCUCACCCGCCUCUACAUCGGCAUAUGGCGCUGGCCCUUCCUGGACACUACCGCCCACCCGCCUGCCUUCCCCAACCUCCAGGAGCUUGGCCUUUUGCACACCAUCAUCGAGGACAAGGGAGUCGACGCCUUGCUGGCGCAAUGCCCCAAGCUGAAGAUUUUCUCCUUUGCCAUGGCGUACAACUGCCCUUCACGCCUCCGCGUCAAGUCCCGCAGCCUCCGUGUUGUGAUGGAAUGGAAAUGCAGCUUCGAUGAAGUCAUCAUCGAUGAUGCCCCCUGCCUGGAGCGCCUGCUCUUGGAAAGCUCUGGCGACCGGAGGCCCAUCAAGAUUGUCCAUGCGCCUAGGCUGGAGAUACUCGGGUUCUUGGACCUCCAGCUCCACACGCUCGAGAUUGGCGGCAUUGCCAUCAGGGCUGGGAUGAAUGUGAGAGCUUGUGCCAUGCUGCCAAGUGUGAAGAUACUUGCUGUCAAGGUUCGGUUUUGGGAUGACAUGGAGGCCAAGAUGCUGACCACUCUGCUCAGAUGUUUUCCUCAACUCGAGACGCUUCAUAUCAUGUGCAUUCGAUCCAGGUCACCUGACACUGUGGAUGAUAUGGAUUUCUGGAAGUCCCUGGCCUCCUGCGAUUGCCUUGACUCUCAUCUGAAGACGUUCGUCAUCCACGGAGUUCAGGGCCGGAAACAUGAGGCGCGGUUCACCGCUCACAUUUUUAAGAAUGGUAAGGUGCUCAAGUCCUAUGGCAUCGUAUAUAGUCACAGUGAUUAUGUGGCAGAGGAUGGAUCAGAUGGAAGCAGUUCAAGUGAUGAUGUGGUAGAUGAUGGAUCAGAUGGGAGCAGUUCCAGUGAUGUGGUAGAGGAUGGAUCAGAUGGAAGCAGUUCCAGUGAUGAUGCGGUAGAGGAUGGAUCAGAUGGUAGCAGUUCCAAUGAUGAUGCGGUAGAGGAUGGAUCAGAUGGAAGCAGUUCCAGUGAUGAUGUGAUAGUGCAGGAAGGCCCAACGUCAGGUUCUGUGGGUGAGGGCAAUGCGCCAUCAGGUGGAAGCAGUGGCAGUGAUGACGCGGAAGUGGAAAGACGGCCAAUGUCAGGCACCGUUGGCGAGGGCAGUGCGCCAUCAGGUGGAAGCAGUGGCAAGUAUGUUUUUGCUCACCCCGCCUUCCCUUGCUGGAGCUUUCAGAACGCCAUUAACUUGUCAGUGGAGGAUCCCUUCUAUGUGCUGGGGCCUGUCAUGGCCCGGAUUAAUAUUGUUGGGGGCGAGACGACACGCUAGAUUGUGUUUCUGAUGAUGGUGCUUAUGCUGGAGACAUUUUCACUCAGCAGGUUUACCUUGCAGUGCUAAGGAUAUGGUAGUUACAUGUUUCUUGAUAAUUCUGUGAACUAAGAUGGUAGUCUAAUCUCAUGAAGGUCUGGAAGCUAGUUUGACUUGUACGUGGCACCCUUAAUUUUGUAUUGGGGAGAUUGUUAGGAUUCUGAGUCGCGGAAGUAACUUCUUGCAUGUUGUUUUGGGCCUUUCGGCUGGUAGAAGUACUUACCACAUGCACCAUCUAUCUCUAUGGUAUAUCUUGAUUUUCUCUUUUGCUGCUAAGUUGAUGAAUUACCUAGUUCCUGGAUGGCACUAUGAGUUACAUAUUUGAAUGUUAGGAUUCGGAGUUGUGGAAGUAACUUAUUGCCGUUUUGGGCCUUGUGGUAUGUUCAA